CCCUCCAACAUCUCCUCCUCUUCUGUCCUGUGGGGGCUUUAGAAGUUGCAGAAGAUGCUCUCCGGUGGGGCUUCACCGCCGCAUGCCUGACUUUCUCCAGCCCCCCCAUUUUAGCUUCUUCUUCCUCCUCCUCCUCCUCCUCCAGCAACAGCACCUCCAACUUCGGGCGUCCUGAACGCAUCAUCGGGAUGCGAGAAAUGUGACUUCGGAGGAGCGAGGCGGCACCACCACCACCGCUCCCUCUUCAGCACCACGGACAGCGCCUCUCCGCUCGGCCCGCCUUCCUUCCAUCCUCCCUUGCUUCCUCCCUCCCUCUCUUCCUUUUCCUUUCCUAACUCCGUUCACUCAGCCUUGCGGGACCGCUCCGGAGGAUGCGUGCCGGCGCAGCGCUGCUCGUUCAGCCCGCUGGAAGCUGAGGAAGCCCGGAUAGGCUGUGAUCUCCAAAGGCCAACCAAAAGGAUCUGAUGCUUUCAAUGGCUUCUGUUAAAAUAAAAACCUGAGAUCCGGUGCCGUGCUUCAUCGUGCUUUUCCUCGGAAGCGGCGACGUCAAAAGCAGACGCGACCAAAACGCACCGUCGGGACCUUUUCUCCGCCCAGGGAUAUGUCAUUGGGGAAAACCCCAGUGUUGGGGGUGCGCCCUGUGCCCCUCAUCCUCCUGGUCGUAUGCGUGCUUCUCUUUGCCAAGGCUCCCCAGGGUCUACCUGUGGUGGGUUAUAACACCGACUCCAAAAAGGAGAUCACGCUUGAAGGAGAUCUGAUGAUCGGCGGCCUCUUCCCCGUUCACCAAAAGGGCGAAGCCGCUGAGGAUUGCGGGAAGAUCAACGCUCAACGAGGAAUCCAGCGACUGGAGGCCAUGCUCCUGGCGCUGGAUGAGAUCAACAAGGACGAACGCAUCCUACCCGGGAUUCGUUUAGGAGCUCACAUACUGGACACGUGCUCCAAGGACACUUACGCUCUCGAGCAGUCUCUGGAGUUCGUCAGGGCUUCGCUCACCAAGGUGGACGACAGUGAGUACACGUGCCCCGAUGGCUCCUACGCCAUUCAUGACGAUGUCCCCUUGGCCAUCUCUGGAGUUAUCGGAGGAUCUUACAGUGAUGUUUCCAUCCAGGUGGCCAACUUGCUGCGACUCUUUCAGAUCCCUCAGAUCAGCUACGCUUCCACCAGCGCCAAACUCAGCGACAAGACACGAUAUGACUACUUCGCCCGCACCGUGCCGCCUGAUUUUUUCCAAGCCAAGGCGAUGGCGGAGAUCCUCCGAUAUUUUAACUGGACAUAUGUGUCGACGGUGGCAUCCGAGGGGGACUACGGUGAGACCGGAAUCGACGCUUUUCAGCAGGAGGCUCGGGCGCGCCACAUCUGCAUCGCGACCUCGGCUAAAGUGAGCCGUUCCAUGAGCCGAUGGAGCUAUGAGAACGUGAUUCGCUCCCUGCAGCAGAAAUCCAACGCCAAAGUGGUUAUCCUGUUCACUCGCAGCGAAGACGCCCGCGAGCUUCUGGUGGCGGCCAACCGCAUGAACGUCACGUUCACUUGGGUGGCCAGCGACGGCUGGGGAGCGCAGGAGAGCGUGGUGAGAGGCAGCGAAGCUGUCGCCGACGGCGCGUUCACCAUCGAGCUGGCCUCGUAUCAGAUCCCACAGUUUAACGACUACUUCACCGCGCUGCAUCCGUACAACAACACCAGGAAUCCCUGGUUCAGAGAGUUCUGGGAGAACCAGUUCCAAUGCAGCCUCCACGAUUUAAGCUGCGGGAAGCACUCCCUGCGAGAGGAUCCCUUCCAGCCGGAAUCCAAGAUCAUGUUUGUGGUGAAUGCGGUUUACGCCAUGGCCACCGCGUUGCACAACAUGAGGCAGGCCUUGUGCCCAAACUCCACCAAGGUCUGCGAGGCUCUUAAACCCGGCAAUGGCAGGAAGUUCUAUCGGGACUACAUUCUCAAGACAAAGCUCGAGGCACCGUUCCGCCCCCCCGAGACGGAUAACAUCGUGCGCUUUGACGCCUUUGGUGACAGCUUCGGCCGCUACAACAUUUUCCACUACCACAAGGAAGGUGGACGCUACGUCUACCGCAAAGUUGGUUACUGGGCUCAGAGUCUGACUCUGAACACAAGCCUGAUCCCUUGGGACGGCCAGGGGGCGCCGGCGUCCCAGUGUAGCGACCCCUGCAGGAAGAACGAGGUGAAGAGCAUGCAGCCGGGAGACGUGUGCUGCUGGAUCUGCAUCCCUUGCCAGUCCUACCAGUUCUUGCAGGAUGCGUUCACAUGUGCGGACUGCAGCUUCGGACAGUGGCCUCUGGCUAAUCUGACUGGUUGCUAUGACCUACCCGAGGAGUACAUUCGCUGGGAAGACGCAUGGGCGAUUGGACCUGUCACUAUUUCCUGUCUGGGGAUGAUGUGCACACUCUUUGUCGUCGGCCUGUUCUUCAAACACAACGAGACGCCCGUAGUGAAGGCUAGCGGACGUGAGCUGUCUUAUAUUCUUCUUCUGGGGGUGCUGAUGUGCUACACAAUGACUUUCAUCUACAUUGCCAAACCUUCCACGGCGGUUUGUACGCUACGCCGCUUGGGCUUAGGAACCUCCUUUGCUGUAUGCUACUCAGCGCUCCUAACCAAAACCAAUCGCAUCGCUCGCAUCUUCAACGGCGUUAAAGGCGGAGCCCAGCGACCUCGCUUCAUCAGCCCGGCCUCCCAGGUUGCCAUCUGUGGAGGUCUUAUCUCAUGCCAGCUCGUCGUGGUGGUCGUCUGGCUGCUCAUCGAAGCCCCAGGAGUCAGAAAGGAAGUGAACCCCGAGAAAAGAGAUGUGGUCACCCUGAAGUGUAACAGCAAGGACUCCAGCAUGCUCGUGUCUCUCACCUACAACUGCGUCCUCAUCAUCCUCUGCACGGUUUACGCCUUCAAGACCCGCAAGUGCCCCGAAAACUUCAACGAAGCCAAGUUCAUUGGCUUCACCAUGUACACCACCUGCAUCAUCUGGCUGGCUUUUCAGCCCAUUUUCUACGUCACUGCCAGCGACUAUAGGGUGCAGACCACCACCAUGUGUAUCUCAGUCAGUCUGAGCGGCUCGGUCGUCCUGGGCUGCCUGUUUGCUCCGAAGGUCCACAUCAUCCUGUUCCAGCCACAGAAGAAUGUCUGUACUCUCCGGGUGGCCACCACCCGCUUCAGUGUCACCACCGGCCCAGGAUCCAGUUUCUCUCAAGCAUCGGCCUCCAAUAUUGUUCCGACAGUGUGUAACGGGCGUGAGGUGGUUGACUCCACGACGUCUUCCUUGUGAAGAUAAGCCAAGCGUUGUAAACACAAUUAUAUAACCACUAGUCCUCAAUCAGGUGUCUCAGAUAUUACAGAGGAUGAUUGUCCUGACUUUGUUGUCCUCAAAGUGAUGUGAGUACAAUGUCCCAAUGAUUUUAUUUUAAGAGAUUUUCAAAGCUCGAUGCCAAUAAAAGUUACAUAGAGUAUUGCCAUCCUUUUUAUUGCAACAAAUGGAGUAAAUGAUAGUGAAAGUGUUAAAUGUAUUAUAUACGGGAUGUUUUUAAUGUAGAUUUUGGUGAAAAGUUUGUGCUUUCUUGUAAUUUAUGUAAA